UUAACCCAUCUGUGUCUCCGUCCUCCUUCCCGUCUCUCCUUCCCAAAGCCGGCUCCGGGAUCGCUGCUCCGGCGUGCGGUGUCUGUGUCGUCGGCGUUCUUCAAUUUCCCUUCCCAGCCUUAUCUCUUUCUCUACCUCCGAGACUGUUCCGUUCCUUUCGUUCACCCUGCAGCUCAAUUCCGAGCAGUCACCAGUGUAAACUUUCAGCUGCGAUGGACGCGAUAGUGAAGAAGUACCAACAGAAGUUUAGGAAGGCCAGGGAGGAGAUGGACCGAUGGGGGGAGCUCCAAGCUCGGCUGGUCUCCCAGUACAGGAACGCCUUGUCGAUCAUCGAGAGACUGCCGGUUAUUCAAGAGAGUAAAAAUUACGGAAGUUUGAGCUGCGUAGAUGGGAUUGUAGAGGCUGUCGUGGGGAAGCAGAUGGAAUCGUUGGAGAUAAUUUUGCUCUCAUUGAAUAAGACCCUGGAGGAGUUCCGCGGGAUUGUUCUGUCACUCGAGAAGAUUCUUCGGGACAGUAGGCAGCUCGUUAAAGCAGGCUCGGGUCAGCUGACAGUGAAGCAGUUGCAGCAGAGAAUCGGUGUGAAGCCGACUUUACAGGAUUGCUUAGAUGGUUUAAUGCUUCUCCGCGAUAUGCAUCAGUCCGAGUAUAUUCUAAAAUCAUCGAUUGUAUCGGCACUUCCAACACUAAUCUUGAGGCCGAGGGUUGGUGACCUAGGUGCCCUGCAGCAACUAUUGAUCGAUCAACCUAACAUCCCCAAGGAAGAAGUUGAAUUCAUCUACGACAUCAUAUUCGCUGAAGAUAUCUGCUGAAGAAAUCUGCUAGUUGGCGGCAGUUGGAUUCAACUAUUGGAGGACUCCGUGAUUGAAGCACAAGUCAGUAUUUAUUUUCGCAUACUCCCUGUAGUGUAUGCACAAAAUUAUACGAACCUUUGGCUUUUAUUUAGUUACCCCCUGUAUCGAUUUUCUGCUGAUCAAGUCGAGUAGCUCAUUUCGGUUGUUACGUGAUUUUUGACAUGUAUCAGUCAUGGCUCAGAUGUCGCGAGUCGUGUGCAGAGAAAAACAAAUACAAUAAUCAUUUGAAUGAAACCAUCAUUUUUUUUAUUUUAUUGAAGUA